AUGAAUACUGCUUUGGACAGAUACGUAAACGCGAGCACAACGCGUAACAUUGACGGGAAUGUACACUCCUUGAUCGCUACUUACGACGAAGAAGAUGAUAUGGAAUCGUUCAAGUCCAAAUUCCAGCGCCAUAAAAAGCCAAUUUACAUGUUGCUGAUCUUCCUAGUUGUGGUGAUUGUCGGUGUCUGUAUUGGUGUGAGCUUAAGCUCAAGCUCAAGCUCUACCGCCAGUACGGAAUCAGCACUGAAGGACACGCCAGCGUCGUCUUUGGAGAACCCAGCGACCACUGCAGCGAAUAGUCCAUCGACCACUGCAGCAGAUAGUACAUCGACCAUUGCAGCGAAUACUCCAUCGACCAUGUUAACGAAUUGUUCAACUCCGGUCCUGAAGAAUGUUUUAGCACCCGUCUCGAAGGAUGCUUUAGCAUCCGUUUCGACAAAUGGAUUAGCACCUGUCUCGAAGAACGCUUCAGCGUACACGUUGGAGGACACAACGCAAACGAGUAUGUUGGACUCAGACGCUGAUGCUGUUGAGUCUACCAAAGAUUCAGCCCAGGAAGUCAAUAGUGCUGGAGAGGACUUGAGUGUUGGUGAUCAAAACUUGUUGCAUCACUUGACAAACGAUUCGUCUCCGAACACGGUCAAUCAAGCUUCUCCGCAGAGUGUUUCAGGUCCAACUCUCGCCUAUAUUCUCGUGAGCUUUGACUGGACUGAUGCGUCCAAGUGGGAGUACACCAGCGGAGCAAAUGUGUCGUCGGAUACGGUCACGAAAAACGGUAUCACUUUGACCCCUAAGAAUAGCGGGGAGCCUAUCCGUACUAUCGAGGGGUGGAGUGGUGAAAAAGUCGUGUACAUUGAGUGGGAACGCACGAGCACAAGUGACACCAACAUCUGGAUGCUGAAUACCAAGCUACAGUCCCAGUUCGGCAAGGGCAAUGGCUGGCCGUACUGGGGUGAGCUCGACCUGUUUGAGAUGUUCACACAGGACGCCAUUUCUAUCCCCGCGUACGACUACAGCGGUUUUGGUGGUUUCUCGGACGUGUCGAGCUACGGCCAAUUGACGAUGCACAUGGGUCCUGCUGUUGAAAACGGCAGCCCUUGCUUUUGCCCUUCCAGUCCUUCCAAGAACCUGUGGUACGACAAUGCGCAGCCCAUGACAUCUAGCUGUACGGCUCAAUUUUCAAACGACGAAUCCAACUCGAUUGCGGCGGUAUGGGGCUCUGAUAGUAAGGGACAGUACAUUCAACUCAUCCAGAAGCCGAUCCUCACCAAGGGUGGCAAACUUAACGGAGUGGACACGUACGAUGUCGCCAUUGGCAGCGGCGGCGUGACGUCCAAGAUUUACAACAAUGCUGAGCUCUUCUGGGGCGUGGACGCCACGGAACCGUGCGCCCAGGCUGGUGGCCACGACGCCGCGUCGGGCUUUCCCUUCUUUGAGAAUUUCCGCCUCGUUCUCGAAGAGCAAACAAAGAACGACCCGAGCGCCUCCUUCACCGUCAAGAACAUUCAGAUCUUUACCAAGAACUAG